AAGGUUCACCAUGAGCACUUCUAGUACUUCCAAAAAUAAUUCUGCAAAUUCUGCUAUUGUUCUCUCUUAUUUAGAGGGGUACCCAAAUCACUCAUAUCGAAAUUUUUUGAAGGUUUUUCAUGAUGAAGUCAUUACCUCAACACUUUUGAAUGCCUCAACACCUUCAAAUGCCUCAAUACCAUUGAAUGACUGGUGCUAUUUUGAUAAUUUUUGGGCUAAUCAAUUCUUAAACACAGCAAGGUUACAAUUAGAUAAAGAGAAUUAUAUCUCUUUGAAAGAAAAGAUUAAAUCAGAACGUAAAGGCAAGGGUCUGCAUACAUACUGGCAGGGGAUAAUUGAGGAAUGUAGAGGGAAACGAAAACGAAAUAUGAUUGAAGAGAUGGAAAAUAGUCAACCACAAGCAAAAAAGAAGCCUUUUAUAAUUUCUUUACCAGAAGUUGUUAGAAACACUUUACCAAAUCUGAAUUAUCUUAAUUUGCGUAAUAAAUCAAAUUCAUGUACUGAAUCCACAGAAUUACGAUUUCCAGAUGAGAUUGUAAAUUGGACAGGAUUUGAACAAGAAGUAUUAGCAUGGCAACCAGAGGUAGAUAAGGAAUACCAAAAACCAACAUUUAGCCAACGUCGUAUAAUCACAUGUGAAAAGGAUAUCUGUACAGCAUCAGAUAUAAACAUAUAUGAAACUUUAACUCCACUUGAUCAAUCAAUCCUUUUUUUGGAUGGUCGUGCUUUGAAAAGUAUUGUUGGUCAACCAGAUUUUAUAAUAGUUAACAGCAAUAUGGAAAAAGAGAUUAAAGAAGGACCAUAUGUUUGUUCUAAUAAUAAUGCUUCAAUAUUUGAUUCUAUAAAUCAAGUUUAUGGCUAUAUGUGUGCUAAUAGUUUAAAGUAUGGUGUUCUGUCAACAUAUGAUCAAACUUUGUUUCUUAAAAGGGAAGUAGUGAAAGUAGAGGGAGAAGACUAUGGGCGACUAUAUAUAUCGAAUACUAUUAUGAGUGCAUCAACAAGUCCCACAUUGCUUAAAUCUGUUGCAUACAUAAUUGAUCUCGCAUCUAAUGAUCAUUAUUCACCUUUUCUUAAAAAACCUACGAUGACUGCUGAUGAUACCAAUGAAGAUGAUGAACCUAUUCCUGAAAAAAAAGAUGACAGUGAAUUUAAGUAUAAGGGAUAUUUACUUCCAAAAGGUCCAAAUGUUAUAACUCGAAAUCAAAGUCGACGAGUGCUUGGAUCUUUAGACACUAAUGUGGACCUAUGA